AAGUCAAGAUCACGCCAUUGCGGAUUCAGUCAUUAAUGGAGAUACUGUCACAAUGUCAAACAGAAUAAUGCCAACACAGAGAAGGAAAUAAUGGUAUCUGCCGGUGGAACUUAAUAGAAGAGAGAGUUCUGAACAGCAUGAGGUGGUCCUGGAUGGAAAGAGGCAUGAGUCUCUUUAACUGCUGGUUGGUGCUGGUACUGUCAUUGAUCUCGACUUGGGAAAUUGUUUGCAGUCAAAUUUGCCCAGACAAUAUUCAGGUCUCUCCUGUUAACACAACUGCCCUGAAAGUCGCCUGGAAUUAUACAUUUGAAGACUUCAAAUGGAUCAAUAUAACCUUAGAAAAAACUACAACAAAAUAUAAUAGCAACAUCAGGAACCAUGAAGUGAUAAUCGGUGACCUUGUACCUGGGAUGAACUAUAAUAUUCUCAUCCAUGUUGAAAUCACGAAUGAGUCUUCCAUGUGUAACCAAUCAGGAACAACAAAUCCGUCUCCAGUCAUUGGUCUCUCUGCGGUGAACAGGACAACAGAUUCAUUAGGAUUAAUUUGGACAGCGCCAGACGAUACAAGAGCCUCUAACUACGAGUACAAAAUUACAGUCACCGGUGCUGAUGGUCACAUUAGAACCAACUACACAAGUCCAGAUGAGACAACAUUCACAGUGAGAGACCUGGAUCCUGGGAAUCAAUACAACCUGUCAGUGCAGUCAGUCACUCCUGAGCAGACACUGAGCACUCCUCAGGAGGUGACAAACACCACAAAUCCGUCUCCAGUCAUUGGUCUCUCUGCAGUGAAUAGGACAACAAAUUCAUUAGGAUUAAUUUGGACAGCGCCAGACGAUACAAGAGCCUCUAACUACGAGUACAAAAUUACAGUCACCGGUGCUGAUGGUCACAGUAGAAUCAACUACACAAGUCCAGAUGAGACAGCAUUCACAGCGAUGGACCUGGAUCCUGGGAAUCAAUACAACCUGUCAGUGCAAUCAGUCACUCCUGAGCAGACACUGAGCACUCCUCAGGAGGUGACAAACACCACAAAUCCAUCUCCAGUCAUUGGUCUCUCUGCAGUGAAUAGGACAACAAAUUCAUUAGGAUUAAUCUGGACAGCGCCAGACGAUACAAGAGUCUCUAACUACGAGUACAAAAUUACAGUCACCGGUGCUGAUGGUCACAGUAGAAUCAACUACACAAGUCCAGAUGAGACAACGUUCACAGCGAUGGACCUGGAUCCUGGGAAUCAAUACAACCUGUCAGUGCAGUCAGUGACUCCUGAGCAGACACUGAGCACUCCUCAGGAGGUGACAAACACCACAAAUCCAUCUCCAGUCAUUGGUCUCUCUGCAGUGAAUAGGACAACAAAUUCAUUAGGAUUAAUUUGGACAGCGCCAGACAAUACAAGAGCCUCUAACUACGAGUACAAAAUUACGGUCACCGGUGCUGAUGGUCACAGUAGAAUCAACUACAUAAGUCCAGAUGAGACAGCAUUCACAGCGAUGGACCUGGAUCCUGGGAAUCAAUACAACCUGUCAGUGCAGUCAGUGACUCCUGAGCAGACACUGAGCACUCCUCAGGAGGUGACAAACACCACAAAUCCAUCUCCAGUCAUUGGUCUCUCUGCAGUGAACAGGACAACAAAUUCAUUAGGAUUAAUUUGGACAGUGCCAGACGAUACAAGAGCCUCUAACUACGAGUACAAAAUUACAGUCACCGGUGCUGAUGGUCACAGUAGAAUCAACUACACAAGUCCAGAUGAGACAGCAUUCACAGUGAGAGACCUGGAUCCUGGGAAUCAAUACAACCUGUCAGUGGAGUCAGUCACUCCUGAGCAGACACUAAGCACUCCUCAGGAGGUGACAAACACCACAAAUCCAUCUCCAGUCAUUGGUCUCUCUGCAGUGAACAGGACAACAAAUUCAUUAGGACUAAUUUGGACAGUGCCAGACGAUACAAGAGCCUCUAACUACGAGUACAAAAUUACAGUCACCGGUGCUGGUGGUCACAGUAGAAUCAACUACACAGGUCCAGAUGAGACAGCAUUCACAGCGAUGGACCUGGAUCCUGGGAAUCAAUACAACCUGUUAGUGCAGUCAGUCACUCCUGAGCAGACACUGAGCACUCCUCAGGAGGUGACAGACACCACAAAUCCAUCGUCAGUCACUGACCUCUCUGUGGUCAACAGGACAACAGAUUCAUUCGAAAUAAGAUGGACAGCGCCAAAUGAUACAAGAGCCCCUGACUAUAUGUACAAAAUUGGAGUCACUAAUGUCACUGGCGGUGACAGUAGAUCUGAAUGCACAAGUCCAGGCGAGACAGCAUUCACAGUGAAAGAACUGGUUCCUGGGACCCAAUACAAACUGAUGGUGCAGUCAGACACUCCUGAGAGAACACUGAGUACCCCUGUGUAUGUGAUAGACACCACAUUUCCUGAUGCUAUUUCCAACUUACACUGUGCUGGGAGCACUGGAUACAUGAUCAGGGCAAAAUGGAGCAAACCAAAGGGCGAGUUCACCAGGUUCAGAGCCGUCACAUAUGACGGUGAAGAAUUAGUGGCUAAUCGUACCGUUGAGAAAGAGAAGAGUGGACUGAUGGUUUUUGGUCUUCAGCCUGGACGCAAGUACACGAUCAAAAUCUUCACAGUGAACGGGCAGACAUCCAGCAAGCAGGAGACCAAGCAAUGCUGGACUAGCUCGCAGCCCAUUAUCAUUGGAGCAACUGUGGGCUCUCUGCUGGGUCUGAUCCUAAUUGGCAUUUUGUUGUUCUUCAUCAUCCAUAAAGGCAGGCAUCAGAGGAAGCAACAUGAUCCAGGAUUUUCAUCAAUGACCUCCCUUUCUUCAGCAUGCAAGCCCAUUCCUCUGACUGAAUACAACAGUUACUUCCAGCAGAAACAUGCGGACACAGACAUUGGAUUUGCUGAGGAAUAUCAGAGUCUGGCAAAAGUGGGUAUAGACCAGCCGAAGGAAGUUUCCCAAUUCACAGAAAACAAAGUAAAGAAUCGAUACAUUAAUAUCUUCCCAUAUGACGCUGCCAGAGUUAAACUCAGUUGUCAGCCUGACAGCAGCUCUUCCGAUUACAUCAAUGCAAGUUACAUGCCUGGUUACAAUCUCGAUAAGGCGUUCAUUGCUGCCCAGGGACCCCUGCCAAAUACAGUGGUGGACUUUUGGCGAAUGAUUUGGGAGCAGAAGUCAGAGGUCAUUGUGAUGCUGACCAACUGUGUGGAGGUAAAUCAGAUCAAAUGUGAACACUAUUGGCCCAUGGACUACACCACCUGCAUCUAUGGGGACAUCGCAGUGAAUAUCCUUUCAGAAAACAUCUUGCCUGAGUGGACGAUCAGGAAUUUCAUCAUCAAAAAGGUGGAGGGUCAUUUACAGAGGGACAUCAAUGGAGAACUCGCUGAUCGCUGACUGAUCAUUCUUUUAUCAUUGAAUUGAAAACAACCCAGAUAUAACUACAAGAAAGCUCCCAACCUCAGAACGAUGGCUUAAGAUCCUCCCAAAUCUUUAACGCUUAUCUCAAGUUACUCUAAUCUCAUUUGGAUUUACAUGAAUCAUUUCCUCGGGGAGCCUGUUCCAAUUACUUCCCAUUCAUGCGCUGAAAUAUGGUUUCUGUGGAUCUGUUUGAAUUUAUCCUACAGGCUCCCUCCAUCUACCAACAAACCAUUAUCCAUGCUUCAGGCUCAAUUGUUCCAAAGGUCUCAUUGCCCACACCUAUAGACGCAAAACACCAUUGGCCUUUGUUGAAUGUUUUUACCAAAAGUCCUUAACUAACAUUGCUUAAACAAAUUAGCUGGUCAUUAUCACAUUAAUGUUGCUGGAGCUUGUUGUUCAUAAAUUCACUCCUACUUUACAAUGGUGACUACCCUUCAAAAUGUUGUUCAUUGGCUGCAGUGAUUGUGAAAAUGCUAUAGAAAUGUGAGCUGUCAUGCAUGUUUCUUAUUUUCUCAUGCAAAUACCACCCCUGCUCUUUAUCCAUGCACAACUCUCCGCUCAACUAUUUCUUUUCUUGGUUGGUUGUUCCCUGCUUCUUUUUGUUUCCCUUUCAUUUCCCAUUUGCAAUAAAAGCAAAAAAUACUCAGCAGAUCAGGCAGCAUCUGUGGUGAGAAAACAGUUAAUAUUUCAGUUUCAGAUCAGACCUAGGAAAAAAUAGAAUUGAAAGACAGUUUAAGAUGAAAAGAAAGGGAGGAGAGUCAAAAGGUGUCUGAGAUGGCAUGGAAGGCAAGAAAUUGACUUGUGGCAGGGUUGGAACAUUAAUACAGCCUUGUGCCAUCAAAUGUCUGGGUACAAUGUCAACAUGGGUAAAAGGUAGAAAAGGGUGAAUUGAAAUAUCCAAGGUCCUGAGGAAUCCUUACAAGAUGAACGUGGAGAAGUUAUUUUCUCAAGGGAGAAUUUAGAUCCGAGGAGUCACUGUUUAAAAAUGUUUAAGUAGUGUCUUUGUUUUUAAGGAAGAGGUAGAUGGAUUAUGAAUGAUGGUUAGACAGUAAUAAGGGGUUGAGGUUGGUGUCAGAUCUUUUGAUAUGCAGAGCAUGCUGAAGGGGCUGAGUGAUCUACUGCUAGUAUAUUUUUUUGUAAAAUAAUAGGACAAAUAAAAAACAGAUGAUCGCAGACGUAGGAUAUGGGCACUUGAAUGAGGUAACAGAGUGCGACAAGUAUCUGUGGACCUGGUUGCAUUGGGAGGUGUAGCUUUUGGAAGAAGGGAACUAAGUGGCAAGGGGUUGUGACUGAUGCUCUGCCUUCUUUGAUUAGGCUAGAUAUUCAGAGCCACAUACAGUCACCCAGUUCCACUUCACUUCCUGGCCAAAUUGCAGUGUUCCUAAAACCACAGAGAAGCUGCUGAAGUUCCAAAAUUUAAUCCGGGAUCACCUGAACAAGAAUCAGGGAGGACUUCCUGUCGUACAUUGUAGGUAAGCUGCUCGAAAGCUCCGCUUUGUUCAGUUUUGUCCACACUUUAACUCUUAGAUAAGGCUAUGUCUUAAAAGGCCCAUCAAGACUUUCAUUACUGCCUUCUUAUAAACUACAAUCCCUUCGCUCCAGCCUUUGUCUUGUAGACUCUUCAUUAAUGUAUUCACUAGGGAUUUGAUUGCUAAUUUCUUAGCCUAUUUAACAAGUUAUGAACAUGUUCCAGUUGAAUAGUAUGAAGUAGCAAUGAUGAGGGGUGUUUUAAUCUUUAUUUUCUGGUGUGAAGGAGCUGGAUUAACAUCAGUACGGAUACAAGCUCUAACACAAGGCAAUGGAGAAGAGAGGUUACUAUAUGAUAGUGAGAGGGAGCUAGAUUAACAUCACUGGAGAUCAAAUCUAACACAGCGCUGAGGGACAGGAGUUACUGAAUGACAAAGACACAGGAAACUGCAGACGAUGUAAUCUGGAGCAAAAGAUGGAGGUACUCAGCAGGUCAGGCAGCAUCUGUGGAGGCAGAGGGGUGGUUGACGUUUUAGGUCAAGACCCUGCAUCAGAGUAUAGAGGAAUACCCAGUAUAGAGAGUUGAGAGGGAGGAGUGAGUCAAGGUCUGGCAGGCCAUAGUGGAACCGGGUGAGGAGAGAUGAUGGGCAGAUGGAGUUAGGCCGGGAGGGGGUGCAGGGGUUGUGGAGGGGAGGCUAGAAGACGAAGAGAGUCUGGAAGGUGUUAUGUGGAACCAGAUAAAGAAGGGAUAUAAUGGACAGAUGGAACCAGAUGGGGGAGGGCUAGGAGACCCAGUAGAUUAAAUGUGUGGGUGAUAGGCAAAUGGAAACAGGCCGAGGCAAGCAUCUAAAUUGGUUAGCAGGUAGGGGAGAGGGGUUAGGUAAAGGAGCAUGAGAGAACUUGGGUGGAUCAGAAGCAGAGAGAAAGUAACACGGGGUGUGAGUUGCCCGAAAUUGGAAAACUCUGUGCCCAUACCAUUGGAUUAUAGACUAGCUAGCAGAAUAUUGAGGUGUUGUUCUUCUAGUUUGCGUUUGGCCUCACACUGGAAGUGGAGAAGAGGACGGUAGAUCGGUGUGGGAGUGGGAAGCGGAGAUGAGCUGGCAUGCAAAUGGGAGCUCAGCAUGGCCAUUGCGGACAGAGUGCAGAUGCUCCUUAAAACAGUCGCCUCGUCUGUGCUUGGUUUUGCCGAUGCACAGGAGGCCACAUCGAGAGCAUCGAAUGCAGGAGAUGAAGUUGGGGUGAAUCUUUGCCUGACCUGGAAGGGCUGUUUAGGUCCCUGGAUGGUGGUGAGGAAGGAGGUGUAGAAACAAGUGUUGCACCUCUCACAGCUGAAGGGGAAAGUGCCAGGGGAAUGAAAAGGGCAGGUGUGUAGGGAUGAGCAAACCAGGGAGUCAUGAAGAGAGUGGUCCCUGCUGAAAGUAGAAAGAUCAGGGAGGGGAAGGUGCAAUUGGUGGUGGGAUCCCAUUGCAGCUGGCGGAAAUGACACAGAGUUAUGUGCUGGAUGAUGAGGCUGAUCGGGUGAAAGGUGAGGACCAACGGAACUCAUUUGGACAGGUACAUGGAUUGGAAAGGUUUAGAGGGAUAUGGGUCAAAUGCAGGCAGCUGGGACUAGUUCAGGUAGGUAACUUGGUUGGCAUGUACAAGUUGGGCCGAAAGGUAUGUUUCCAUGUUCUAUAACUCUGUGGGGGAGGGGGACGAACAAAAGUCUGGAAAAUGGAGGAAAUGUGAGUGAGGGCUCCGUCAACCACAGUAGAGGAGAAGCCACGUGAAAAAGGAGGACAUUUCAGAUGUCUGGAACGGAAAGCAUCAUCUUGGAAACAGACAGAGUAGAUACAGAGAAACUGAGAGAAAGGAAUGGUGUCCUUACAAGAGACCGGGUGAGAGGAGAUGUAGUCAGUGUUGCUAUGGGAGUCAGUGGGUUUAAACUAAAUGCCAGUCGACAAUUUGUCUCCUGAGAUGGAGACUCAGAGAGAUUCAGAAAAGGGAGAGAGGUGUUAGAAACGGUCCAAGUGAAUGAGGGUGCGGUGGAAGUUCAUAGCAAAGAUAAUAAAAUUGAUAGAGUGAGGGGAGCUGGAUGAACAACAGGAGAGAUGCAAUCAGAAAUACAGGAUGCUGAGGGAGAAGGGUUACUGCGUGAUAGUGUGAGGGAGCUGGGUUAACAUCAGGAGAGAUCCAGUCAGCAAUGCAAGGCACUAGGGAAGAAGGGUUACUGACUAACAGUGUGAGGGAGAUGGAUUAACAUCAGAAAAGAUACACUCAGUAAUGCAGGCUACUGAGGAAAGGGAUUACUGAAGGACAGUGUGAAUGAGCUGGGUUAAUGUCAGGAGAGGUCCAAUCAGGAACAUAGGGCACUGGGGGAGAGGGGUAAUUGUGGGACAGUACAAGGGAGUUGGAUUAGCAUCAGGAGAUAUACAGUACAUUUGGUUAGACUGUGCUGGAGGAGAGAUUACUGAGUGACAGUGUGAGGGAGAUGGAUUAUUGUUGGGGUGAAUAAAAACAUUUCCAAGGAAUGCCUGAUUUAAUCCGAACUUUUUAUGACGGGUCAUGUUGCUAUGGAGACUGAGAGAAGAAAAUAAAUCUGUCAAUGACAAUAUCCCUGUUUAAUUUCAGCGCCGGUGUAGGGCGGACUGGCACAUUAAUAGCCCUUGACUAUCUUCUGCAACAGAUGGAAAAGGAGGCAGUGGUCGAUGUUUAUGGGAUCGUCUAUAAAAUGAGGAUGAAUCGGACGUACAUGGUCCAGACUGAGGUGAGGAGUUGCUACUUUUUUUUGGCUUUGGCGUUAUUCAUUAUCACUUUGAUUUCCUCGCCAGCUCAGAAUGUUUCAGUCUCUUGGCAAGCCCUGACCAAUUCUCAAACCACGGUUGCCGACAAUACUCUGACCUCCCACACAUUCACAGUGUUCUUUCAUCAAGAAUUUGUUCCAUAUUAUAGUGAAAAUUCAUUACCUGGACUUUGUCCCUAUACACGAUCACAUGUCAUAUUAUCAUGGGGCAUAAGCUGUGUCUUGGUGAGUAGCUUUCUGUCUUUUAGGUCUAAAGGUUUUGUGUUUGUGUCCUGUUGAACUUGAGCACAAAAUCUAGGCUGCCUCUCCUGGUGUAGUACUGAGUGCUGUAAUGCAAGUCAUUGACAUCUUUUGGAUGAAAUCUUACAUGUUUUCUCAGGUGGUUGCAAAAGAUCCAGUGGCUCUAUUCUGUAGAGCUGGAAGUUUAUCCUGUGGCAAGUAUUUAGCCCCCAACCAACUUCCAUAAAACAGAUUACUCUUGUCAUUACCUCAUUACUGUCUGUGGGAGUUUGCUGUGCUCAAAUCAUCUACCACGUUGCCUGCAUUACAGGAGUGACAGUCCAGCAGUGCAGCUAGUUCAGCUGCUGCCUCACGGCUCCGGCAGCCUGUGUUCAAUCCUGACCUAUAAUGCUGUCUGUGUGCACAUACUCCCUCUGACCAUUUGAGUGUCCCUCCAGGUGUUCUAGUUUCCUGCCACAUCCCAAACACGUGCGGGUUGGUAAGAUAUCUUUAUUAGUCACAUGUACAUCGAAACACACAGUGAAAUGCACCUUUGCGUAGAGCGUUCUGGGGGCAGCCCGCAAGUGUCUCCACGCUUCCGGCGCCAACAUAGCAUGCCCACAACUUCCUAACCUGUACACCUUUUGGAAUGUGGGAGGAAAUCGGAGCACCCGGAGGAAACCCACGCAGACACGGGGAGAAUGUACAAACUCCUUACAGACAGUGGCCGGAAUUGAACCCAGGUCACUGGCGCUGUAAAGCGUUAUGCUAACCGCUACACUGUAAAUGGCGCUAGUGCGUGUGAGAGGUGGUAAAAUCAGGGAAGAGUUGAGGGGAGUAUGGGGAGAAAAAAUGGGAUUUGUGUAAAUGGGCGGUUGAUGGUCAUCACACACUCGGUGGGUUGAAGAUCCUGUUUUGAUUGUCAACAGCGACAGUAGUUCUUUGGUUUUGCAGAGGUUUUGAUAAACCCUAAGCCUGUGAAAGCACUACAAAUAUACUGAUAGUGUUCUCCAGGUGGAUAACACGGUGAAACAUGAACAGUGUAUGGACAAAACUUGACAGCAGGAACCCAAGUGUCCAGGAAUCUGGUGCGCAGGGAUCCAUGGUAUCCCAAUACUGGUAAUGUUUGAUGGGCCAGUGCAGAGGGAGCUUUAAUCUGUAUCUAACCCAUGCUGACCCUGUCCUGGGAGUGCUUGAUGGGACAGUGCAGAGGGAGCUUUACUCUGUAUCUAACCCAUGCUGACCCUGCCCUGGGAGUGCUUGAUGGGACAGUGCAGAGAGAGCUUUAAUCUGUAUCUAACCUGUGCUGUCCUGCCUUCGGAGUGUGUCGUGGGAUUGUCCAGAGAGAGCUUUAAAAUACGUUCUCAGCCUAAAACAUUAACUGUUUUUCUCUCCACAGAUGCUGCCUUACAUGCUGAAUAUUUUCAGCGUUUUCUGUUUCUAUUUCAGAUUUCUAGCACCUGCAGUUUCUUUUAUUUUUAUUUAAUUGGGUGAGCUUUAGUCUAAGCCAUGCUUUCCGGGCCCUGGGAGUGCUUGAUGGGAUGCUGUAGGGGGAGCUUGACUCUGUAUCUAACCUGUGUUAUCCCUGCCAUAGGAGUGUUUGCUGGGGCAGUGCAGAAGGAACUUUACUCCAUACCUAACCUGUGCUGUGCCCACUCUAAAUGUCUUUUUUUAUUUUUUGGGAUGUGGGCGUUGCUGACAAGACCCAGCAUUUAUUGCCCAUUCCUAAUUGCCCUCGAGAGGUCAGUAACCAUAAUGGGAAUAAUACCAAAUGUCCCACUUUUCGAUCCCAAUGAACUCCUCCUCCCCCACCUGCAUAAACUGAAGCAGCUGAGGUCAGAGACCACACCCAUCCAGUUCAGUUUUCGCAAGAUCAACCUCCUUCAUGUCAUUUCCCUCUGCGGCCAACUCCUUGUACAGUUGGUGGAGGAGAGGACACAGAAGGGCCUUUCCCUGUCCAAGGCACAGAGGUUGUCGGCCCUUCAGCCACCAUCGAAGCCUCAAAUCUACGGGAAGGUUGUAUUUUUCAUGAGGACUGCAGGUGAAGUCCCUGCAGGUGUGUGUUUCAUGACAGUGAGAACCCUCAUCUUCUUCCUUUCAUAACCACAUGAUUUACUUCCAGUACAGAUGUGUCUUCUCAUCUCACCGUAACAUUUCUCCCUCUCCGUCUUCUGUUCCUUUAGACUCAGUAUAUCUUCCUACACCAGUGCAUUCUGGACACGAUUCAAAGGAAAUCCAUCAACGAACAUAUCUACCAGAAUGAAAUGGACGGCUUCUAUGAGAGCAUCAGUGAUAUCGAUGCUGUAAACGAUCAUUA